GCAGCGCUUCUUCGAUCAGACAGUCCCCGACCUCCACUUCUCUCUUACCCUCCAGCCACCGGAUAGUACCCAGGCGCCUCGGCGCUACCAUUCCUUCGCCUACUUCGACAUGUUGGAGACUGGGUACGACUUUAUCCUUGGCACUCCCUGGUCUCGCCGGUUCCAUAGCACAGAGGCCGAAUGGGCGUUUGAGACACUCAUUCUCAAAACGAAGUGUGGUCAAACCCAUCGAGUCCCCGUCAUUGGAACCACGGACGACACCCCUUCAAACCUACCUCCCCAGGACCCUCGUCCUUCUGGGUCCCACCUAAACAUCUCCUUCACUUCUCCCCGUCAGUUUGCUCACUUCAUCCGACAGGAGAACGUCACGCUCUACUCAGUGAACGUCAUGGAUCUUCUUCGCUACGAUCCACUCUGUCCCGAGGUUGAGCUCAUCUCACUGGAGCCCGAUCCCCCUGACCCUUCCUCCAUCUUCGCGGCUCCCAUCUCUACAUCCACCCCGCAGCCUGCGGAUACCCCCUCGACAUCCCAGGUUCCUACGCCGUCCAUUGUCGAGUCCACCCAUACGUCUCGUGCCGACGCAGACGUUGAGGAACUCAUGCGGUUCAUGACUGACUUAGAGCCCGUCAUUCGCGACCUGAUUCGGGAGUACCGCGACGUCUUCCCCCCGUAUUUCUCAUACAGCGGGAUUCCCCCGAUGCGCGGUGUCGAGCAUUCCAUCCAGUUCGUGCCUGACUAUCGUGUUCACCAUCACGCACGAUACCGACUCUCGAUUCCAGAGGCAACGGAACUCAAGCGUCAGCUUGAGGAGCUCCUUCGACUUGGUUUCAUUAAACCUAGUAACUCCCCUUGGGGUGCACCUGUCCUCUUUGCUCGCAAAGCGGACGGAACUCUCCGCCUCUGCAUCGAUUAUCGCAGCCUUAACCGUUACACGGUUAAGAACAGUUAUCCCACGCCCCGCGCGGAUGAGCUGUUUGACCGUCUGGCAGGCAACCGCUUCUUCACGAAGAUCAAUCUUCGUAGCGGUUACCACCAGAUCCGCGUUGCCGCAGAGGACCAGCCGAAGACCGCCUUUCGGUCGCGCUUCGGCCACUACGAGUUCACGGUGAUGCCAUUCGGCCUCACCAAUGCACCCGCCACCUUCCAGACGGCGAUGAACGACAUCUUCAGGGACAUCCUUGAAGAAUACGUUCUCGUAUACCUGGACGACAUCCUGGUCUACAGUCGUACCUUAGAAGACCAUAUCAGACACCUCCGCGAUGUCCUACAGCGCUUACGCAAGCAUGGCUUCUAUGCCAAGCUUAGUAAGUGCCGCUUUGCCCAGCGCAAAGUGGACUUCCUAGGACACCAUGUGUCUGACCAGGGUCUCCACAUGGACGACGCGAAGAUCACUGCUAUUGCAGAGUGGCCUAUCCCCACAUCUGCCAAGCAGCUUCGCAGCUUUCUAGGCCUCACCAUCUACUAUAGUAAUUUUAUCCAGGGAUACGCUAGGUAUUCCUACGUCCUUACCUCCACCCUCCUCCGAAAGAACCCGCCGUGGUUUUGGACACCCCUCUGCGAGGACGCCUUCCGCGCCCUCAAGAAGGCGGUGACUUGCGCGCCGGUUCUUCGCCUUCCCGAUUUUGAUCGUCCCUUUAUCGUCACCACCGAUGCGUCAGAUUUUGCAGUAGGAGCUGUCCUUUCUCAGGUGUUUCCCUCUCCUCCAGAUUCACCUUACCCCCACGUUCCUCCUUUUCUCCCCCCUCCUGCUGACACUGCUUCUCGACUGACGCCUAUCCUACCACCACUUCCCUCCACUGACAGUCCUCCCACUACCUUCUCCCCGACCAUCGCGGAGGAUGGGACUGUCGAGGCUCGUGCUGGGGAUUGCCCGAUCACUUUCUACUCCCGUCAGCUACUACCUGCCGAGAUAAACUACACUGCCGAUGAACGUGAGGUUUUGCUGACCAUGUUCCUGAGAUGUCUUCCCACAGACAUUAGGAAUCGGUUAGUCAGCGAGGCUCGCAGAGAGUAUCACACAUUUGAGUCAGUCAGCAAGAAGGCCCUAGACUUAGAGGCUACGCUGGGUGGAGCUCAAACCCCUUCUACGGAUGGGAGAAAGAAGAAGACUCCACAAGAGUGGAAGAAGAAGGGUAGUCGAUUGAUGAUGGUUGAUUCCGAUGGGAAUCAAACCGAGAUCGAUGAUGUUUCCGAUCUUGUGGAGGGUUCAGAGUUUGACGGCGAGGAGAGUGCUGAGGGUAGCAACCUCGCUGCCGUAGUCAAGACUAAGGCAGCUGGCCGCGACAAGGGCGGUCAACAAAGGAGUCAGGGGCAGGCCGCUAACCCAAACAAAAUAGCUGCUUGGGUUAGAGUAGGUCUGGAUCAAGAAGUGUGGCGGGACCGUUGGUCUCGUGGUGCUUGCAUUAACUGCGAUGGGAUUAGGCCCGAAGAUGCGAAGGUGGCUAGCAUUCGUGACUGGCCACGACCCCAGUCUGUGACUGAGGUCCGAUCAUUCUUGGGAAUGUGUGGUUAUUACCGCAACUUUGUGAAGAAUUAUAGCACGAUCAUUUCUCCCUUGACUGAUCUAACUCGACUUGACACACCAUGGGACAGGACCGACGAGUGUGAGGCAGCUUUUAAGCGUUUGAAGCAUGCUCUUACGCAUCAUGAGGUUCUCAUGGUACCCGACCCGCAAAGGUCAUUUGUUGUAACCACUGACGCAAGCCAAUAUGGGAUUGGCGCAGUGCUGGCUCAACAGGAAGGGAAGAAGUUGAGAACGAUCGAGUACAUGAGCAAAAAGAUGCCAUCAAAGAAGUUGGCAAAGUCCACCUAUGAGAGGGAACUCUAUGCUCUUUACAAGGAACUUGUCCAUUGGAGGCACCAUCUGUUAGGAAGGUUUUUCUAUCUGAGAACUGACCAUCAGACCCUCAAGUGGAUCAAGACUCAACCAGUUCUCUCCGAUGCACUCAAACGCUGGAUUGAAGUAAUAGAUCAAUAUGACUUCAAACUAGACUAUUUGAAGGGAGAGUACAACAAGGUUGCAGACGCAUUGUCUAGGAGGGCAGAUUACGUGGGUGCGCUAAUUUCUGAGUUUGGUUUGUCUGAAGACGUGACUCGAUCGUUGGAUGAAGCCUACAAGGAAGAUCCCAUCACGAUGGACAUCAUCAACAAACUACAGGCUAAAGACAAGGCCACCUCUGACGAGUUUGUGAUGGUGGAUGGGUUACUCUUUCUUGAGAAGGCAGGGUUUAAAAGGUUAGUUGUUCCAUCUAGGGAAACUUUGCGCAGUUUAUUUUUAGGUGAGUGCCACGACGCCACGGGACACUUCGGCUAUAAGAAGACGAGUGCUAAUUUAGUACAGCGAUUCUGGUGGCCCAACAUGCUUGACGAUGUGAAGAAGUACGUGGAGAUCUGUCAGGUCUGUCAGCGGGACAAACCGCGGACUCAAGCUCCACUUGGGUUACUCAAGCCUUUACCCAUUCCUGCUGGCCCAGGGCAGAGUAUCUCCAUGGACUUCAUGGAUACUCUUGUGACCAACAAGAAUGGCAAGAGGCACAUCUUCGUCAUAGUGGAUAGGUUCACUAAGUACGCUAGACUAAUCGCCAUGCCAGAGACUGCCAGGACUGAGCACGUCAUCAAGUUGUUCAUGGACAACUGGGUGCGUGAUUUUGGAUUGCCUAAGACUAUCGUUAGUGAUAGAGAUGUUCGUUUCACUAGUGAGAUGUGGAAACAGGCCGCUGAACAGAUGGGCAGCCAGCUUCAGAUAACUUCUGGGAAUCAUCCCGAAGCAAAUGGGCAGGCUGAACAGAUGAACCGAGUGGUGCAACAUCUGUUGAGGCAUUACAUCAAGCCCAGCCAGGAUGACUGGGAUGAGAAGUUACCUCUCAUCGCCAUUCUGUACAACAACGUUGUACACAACACCAUCGGUGUCAAUCCUAAUCAGCUACAUCUCGGAUGGAAGCCUAGAUCCGCUCUAGACUUCCUCCUGCCUAAAAACCAAACUGCUGCAACUCCUGGAACCAUUGAAUUCGGGGUCCAGUAUGAGAAACUGUUGCAGCAGGCUAUUGACAACAUCAAGAAAUCUCAGGAAGCAAUGAUUGCUUCUGAGAACAAACGUCGCCGACAGUCCACAUUUCAGGUAGGGGAACGUGUCUGGGUCAAGGCUAGUGAGUUGGGAUAGGAGUUUGGCAUCUCUAGGAAACUAAUGCCUCAGUACUUCGGUCCCUGGGAAGUCUUAGACAUAG